UGACAGUAAAUAUCACAUGCUUAAUGCAUAUAGAUGUGUGCGGGAAAAAUAAGUUUAAUUCAAAAGUCAAAACAUUUGUAUUGUUAUUAAUUUAUUUGUAUUUUUAGUAAAGCCUAUUAAUUAUUUACUUUUCAAGCAAUUUAGGUCCUAUGUAUGAUAAAAUAUUUGCACGCCAUGUCUGCUAUUCCUUCAGUUGUUCACUGGUUUCGAUUGGAUUUGCGUUUACACGAUAAUCUGGCAUUGCGCAAUGCAAUUAAUGAGGCUGAGAAUAGAAAACACAUUUUGAGGCCUAUAUUCAUAAUUGAUUCCGAAAUCAGGGGUCAGAUUCGUGGAAAUAGGCUGCGAUUUUUAAUUCAGAGUCUUCAAGACUUGGACACAAAUUUGAGAAAAUUAAACACUCGGCUCUACAUAAUAAAAGGAAAGAGAGCCCAAUGUUUGCUGGAAUUUUUAAAGAAAUGGGAUGUAAAAUACUUAACUUCACAAGUGGAUAUUGAUCCCGUUUAUGUAUCACAGGAUGAAAUUGUUGAGAAAUAUUGUGAUGAAAAUAAUAUAUUUGUGGUUAAAAGAGUUCAACACACAGUCUAUGAUUGUAACAGUGCCUUAAAAAAAAACAAUGGAAAUGUGCCAAUAACAUACCAGAAGUUUCUCUCAUUGGUAAAAGAUGUUCAGGUGAAGGAAACUAUAGAAAUCACAAAGCAAAUAUCAGAUCAUUGUAAACCUCCAGACUUUGAUUCUAAAGAUUAUGAUGUACCAAGUUUGUCAGAAAUGGGUUUGGAUGAGUCGACUGCCUCAGAAUGUAAAUAUCCAGGUGGUGAAACAGAAGCUCUUAAGAGACUUGACAUGUAUAUGGCUAAAAAGCAAUGGGUGUGUGCAUUUGAAAAACCUAACACUUCUCCAAACAGUAUAGAGCCAAGUACAACUGUAUUAAGUCCUUAUUUAAGCCAUGGUUGUUUGUCUGCUAAACUAUUUUAUCACAGACUAAAACAAGUUGAAAGUGGAAGUAGGCACAGUGAGCCCCCAGUUUCGCUCUUGGGACAACUAAUGUGGAGAGAGUUUUAUUACACAGCUGGAACAGGGACAGAAAAUUUUGAUAAGAUGGUUGGUAAUUCUGUCUGUACACAGAUACCUUGGAAGAAAAAUGAUGAAUACUUAAAGGCUUGGGCAGAGGGUAGAACUGGCUAUCCAUUUGUUGAUGCUAUUAUGCGCCAGUUAAGACAAGAAGGAUGGAUACAUCAUUUAGCUAGGCACAUGGUAGCUUGCUUUUUAACAAGGGGAGAUUUAUGGGUUUCUUGGGAAGAAGGAGCUAAGGUUUUUGAAGAUCUCUUGUUGGACUAUGACUGGUCUUUAAAUGCUGGUAAUUGGAUGUGGCUAUCUGCUUCUGCCUUCUUCUACAAAUUUUUUCGUGUGUACAGCCCAGUUGCAUUUGGUAAGAAAACUGAUAAAGAAGGUUUAUAUAUUCGAAAAUAUGUGCCCGAGCUGAAGAAAUAUCCAACUGAAUAUAUUUAUGAGCCUUGGAAGGCACCUAAAUCUGUACAAACUGCUGCAGGAUGUGUAAUAGGGGUUGAUUAUCCUAAAAGAAUUGUUGAUCAUGACAAAGUACACAAAGAGAACUUACAAAAGAUGUCUGCAGCUUAUAAAAUCAAUAAGGAAAAGAAAGCAAAGAAAAGACCUAGAUCUGAUUAAGGAUAACUUUUUGAAGAUUAUAUUUUUAAAUAAACUUUUUAAUGAA